AUGCACGAUCCAAAUUGGCUGCAAAUUAAUAAAUACUGGAAAAAUGAUUUCACACAAUUAUCUACCGAAGUUUUGAGUCAAGACUUGACAGGAAUAAAUGCUGAAGAAGCUAUAAAGUAUUUUAAUGAAAAUUUAAAAGCCAAAUGUGGUUUAACAUUAGAUUAUUUUGAAACAUGGGAAUACGCAAAAGCUGACAAAUUGCCUAUUAAAAUUUUACAAGCUCAACAAGAUACUUGGAAUAUGUCAAAGAUGUUGAGAAUAUCUACGAUAGAUUAG